CUUUCGACGAAGCGGAGCAAAGUUCAUUAAAAUGAAAGUUCAACUUUUGGUAACCUUCUGUGUCUUCGUGGUGUCGGCUGUCGCCUUUUCCGAUGAACGCUGUCCACCGUUGGAUGAUCCUGAGGAGCCAACAGUCAUGUUGCCACACCCAGCCUUCUGUGAACUGUUCUUGAUCUGCAGCCACGGAAACGCGGUCGUGAGCGUUUGCCCACCAGGACUGCACUGGAACGACCAGGCGAAGCGCUGCGACUACCCGGAACAAGCAAACUGCGAACAGCCGGGAAUAUUCCCCGAUGCACCAACUCGUGACAACCAAUGUCCGGAGGUGUACGAUCCCGAUCAUAUGGUGUACAUUUCGCACGAGUCGGAGUGCGGUAAAUAUUACAUCUGCGAUCCCUACGGUGUUCCGCUGUUGCAGGAGUGUCCGGCCGGAUUGCACUGGAAUCCGCUAGUGAACUACUGUGACUUUCCCGCUAAUGUGCCGUGUAAGCAGUAGACACGUCUCGGUAUCGAGUGGGAACUGAAGUGUCCUAGUGAUCUCAGUAUAAAUUAAUAAACUGUUAUGUAAA